AUAAAAAGCUGCUCCAAGGAGAACAGAGUUAAGAAAGUGCAACUUGCUCUCGGUUUUGUUGCAUCACUUACUAGACAGCAAGCUCCACAAAGCUUCCAAAGAUGACUCGGAUGAUGAAGAGCUGUUUCGUCACUCUGGCCACCCUGUUUCUCUGGCAGCUGGAGGAAGGAACAGAAGCCUGCAGCUGCAUCCCCUCCCAUCCUCAGCAGGCUUUCUGCAACUCAGACGUUGUUUUCAGGGCUAAAGUCAUUGGAGCGCAGGUGCUGAAUAUGGGCAAUGACUCCUUUGUAAACCCUUUCCCGUCAGUCAAAUAUGACAUCAAAAUGAUGAAGAUGUUCAAAGGUCCUACUGGCAACAUCGAUGCUGUCUACACUGCUUCGUCCUCUGCGCCGUGUGGAGUCAGUCUGGACACUAACGGAGAACAGUAUCUCAUCACAGGCCGGCUGGAAGAAGAUGGGACGGUGCACAUCACAUUGUGUAACUUCUUCCAACAGUGGGAUACUUUGAGUAACGCCCAGAAGCUGAACCUGAUUCAGCGCUAUCAGACCGGCUGUGACUGCAAGAUCACCUACUGCUCAUCCAUCCCAUGCAUGAUCAACGGCCCGGCUGAGUGCCUUUGGACAGAUUUUCUGACUGGGAGCACUGAGCAAGCCAGAGCCUAUGCCUGCAUCAUGAGGAGUGAUGGUUCAUGCUCCUGGUACAGAAACAGGAUACCAUCCAAGGCGGAACAUUAAACACUGAAGAUCUAGAACUUUUCCUGAAAUCAUCUAAAAUAGAUCUAAAAUAUAUAUAUAAAUGAAUAAAAAAUGAAUAAAAAAAUGUAACAAACAUAUUUGAAUUUUCAUAAAUAAAUUUGCAGUGAGGGUUUUUGUUUGAGGGAAACUCAGCACUUUAUUACCACUUUAUUUUUUGUAAACCUCUUGUGCUCCAUCUGAUAUGCAGAAAAAUCAAUGUAACUCCAUCUUCUGCCGCUUAUCUUCUGUGCCACUGUAACUCUAUUGGCAACAUU